CCACUGGCGGACGGUGCAGCCUGUGACAGGACAUUGACGAAUAAAUGUGAAUUCAUGAAAAUGGUGGCCUACUUUUAAAUCAGUCGUUUUUGUUUGAUUGAGUGUUGGUCUCUCCUUAGAUCAUGGACAUUAUAAAGAUAUACAAAUAAAUUAGUGCAAGAAAAAAAAAAAGCCAGACACAUUGUUGCCGUCAUAUAUGCAAACAUGUUAAGUAGUUGCACCGUGAACAGUUUGAAAGUUUACACACGAUGAUGUCAUUUUGUCUGAUUACCCAUACCGCACCUCUACACGAUGGCAGUGUUUUAUGAUUAUACCAUUAUAAUGACAGCAUUGAUUUUUCUCUGCGCCUUUUGACUGGCCCCCGCUGCGCGCCACCGACAGACGUCAGCGUGCGCGCUCCUGGCAUGGCGCUGCGAGCGGAUCCCUGAGAGUGGAGUUUGCGCUGUCGUAACCUGUAAUGUCCGGGGCUGUUCGUAUUCACUGCUAGCGGGGAUAACUUUUUUUUGGCAUGGGUCCGGAUAUCACUGGUCAUCCAGAGGAAUGCCAACACCGUCCCGUCGCCAUCGAACUCCCGAGCUGCGUGUAGGAGGCGUGAACGGUGGAGCAGAAACGCGUGUCCUUCAGAAAACAGGUAUUUGCAAACGCACAGACAGGCAGCUGUUGCAGUGAGGCAGUAGCAUGGAGGCAGGCGGCCGUGUCGCCACGGUCGCAGCUGCCAUAGCGACGGCUACAGCGGCUACAGCUGCUCCAGUGCAUCAGCAGCUCUCCGGCGGUCGUCAUGACGUGCCUGAUGGGGAUCUGUUGCCUUGCCCGCUGCAUUCAGGAGAGGAGGAUGACGGAAGUCUCCGCCCACGUGACCAGCCAGUCUUGGAGGACACUGCCAUGGCCUGCAGUGCAGACGUCCCUGAGCCUGAGUCUCUGCGCUCCUGUGUUAGCACGGUUAGCACGGCUAGCAUGAAGGUCAAGAACAUCAAAAAGCUGUCCUUCCCUAAAGGCCAUUUUCCUCGUCUGGCAGAGUGUGCCCAUUUCCACUAUGAGAAUGUGGACUUCGGCUCCAUCCAGUUGGCCCUCUCUGAGGAGCAGAGUGACGCCCCCACUGCUGCUGAGGACUCUAAAGACCUGGUCUUCCUGGUGCAGAUCUUCUGUCAGGGCCACAGCUGGUUGCUGAGGCGCUCCUAUGAAGACUUCCGGGUGCUGGAUAAGCACCUCCACCUGUGCAUCUACGACCGCCGCUUCUCCCAGCUCUCUGAGCUGCCCCGCUAUGAGCACCUCAAGGACAAGACAGAGAAUCUUACCCAGAUGUUGACGGCGUACAUCACCCGCCUGUCGGCCAUUGCUGACAACAAGAUCAACUGUGGCCCGGCGCUCACGUGGAUGGAGAUCGAUAACAAGGGGAACCAUCUUCUGGUGCGAGAUGAGUCCUCUAUCAACGUCCCCGCCAUUGCAGCAGCUCACGUCGUCAAGCGCUACAUCGCCCAGGCCGCAGAUGAGCUGUCAUUCGAGGUAGGGGACAUUGUGUCUGUGAUUGACAUGCCUCCCAAAGAGGACACUGGCUGGUGGAGAGGGAAACACGGCUUUCAGGUUGGCUUCUUCCCCUGUGAUUGUGUGGAGUUGAUAAGUGAAAAAAUCCCUGCCUCUGUUACCACGGUGAUUACCAAACCAGUGUCUAAGAAACACGGGAAGCUGAUCACGUUUCUGCGGAGCUUCAUGAAGUCUCGGCCCAGCAAACAGAAGCUGAAGCAGCGGGGCAUCUUCAGGGAGCGUGUGUUUGGGUGUGACCUGGGCGAGCAUCUACUCAACUCAGGCCAUGAUGUUCCCCAGGUGAUCAGGAGCUGCACUGAGUUCAUUGAGAAGCACGGUGUGGUGGACGGCAUCUACCGACUCUCUGGCAUCGCCUCCAACAUCCAGAAACUGAGGCACGACUUUGACUCGGAGCACAUCCCUGACCUGACCAAGGACAUGUUCAUCCAGGACAUCCACUCCGUGGGCUCCCUGUGCAAGCUGUUCUUCCGUGAGCUGCCCAACCCCCUGCUCACCUACCAGCUCUAUGAGAAAUUCUCCGAUGCGGUGUCUGCAGCCACGGACGAGGAGAGGCUGGUGAAGAUCCAUGACGUCAUUCAGCAGCUGCCUCCGCCGCACUACAGAACUCUUGAGUUCCUGAUGAGACACCUGGCUCGGCUGGCCGCGUUCAGCUACAUCACCAGCAUGCACAGCAAGAACCUGGCCAUCGUCUGGGCCCCCAACCUGCUCAGGUCGAGGCAGAUUGAGUCGGCGUGUUUCAGCGGCACGUCGGCCUUCAUGGAGGUGCGGAUCCAGUCGGUGGUGGUGGAGUUCAUCCUGAACCACGUGGAGGUCCUCUUCAGCUCCAAACUCAACUCCCUCAUCAGGGAGGGGUCAGGUCACGGGACCCUGGCGCGGCCCAAGUCUCUGCUGGUGUGCUCCCCCUCCACCAAGCUGCUGUCUCUGGAGGAGGCCCAGGCCCGCAUCUCCCCCAGCAGCCCCCACAGCAAGUACAUCGAGGUGGGCGAGGGCCCCAGCGCCCUGCAGGGCAAGUUCCACACUGUCAUCGACUUCCCCGCCGAGAGGGCAGAUCACACACACACGAAGAAGGCCCCAGUGAAGUCUAAGAAGUCUCCGGUGGGCGGCUGGAGGAACUUCUUCCAUCUGGGUCGCUCGUCCUCCACGGCCGCCAAGCGCAAGCUGCACCGCCACCCCAGUGAGCCCAACCAGAUCAAAACCAUGGCACUGCCAGGUGGAAGAGGUGAUUCUGGAACUCUCCGCUCGGCUAAAAGUGAAGAAUCUCUUUCCUCUCACACCUUUGAAGGUGACCAGAAGCUUCCGCACCCCCGCCGCCCUCUCUCCGUCAGCGAGGCUCUGUCCACCUCCUUCAACGAGGAGCUGCUGGAGAGCCACGCCCACGCCACCCCCCCCGGCCCUCGGAACGCCUCGGACACUUCCUGUGUGCCUGCGCUGAUCUCACCCCCUCGCCAUGACGACGCCGACCUCCGACCUCUCACCUCUGGUGGCCUGGGCUGUCUGGACUUUGACCCCAUGGCCUUCCAGUGUAGCGGGCCGCCAGACCGACCCGAGGACUGGAAACUCAGAAGCAAAAGGGGCAGGGGUCAUGGCAACGGGAUGGCAGGGGAUGCCCAGCAGAGCGUCUCUCCCUCAGACAAACCCUCCACCGUCGUCUCGCUGCACUCUCCCGAGAACAGCCCUGCUCAGCUCCGGCUGGAGGAGGAGGAGGAGGAGGAGGAGGAAGAAGAGGAAGAGGCAGGUCUGAACUAUCAAUACACCACUUCCCCCGCUCCAGAGGAGGACCGACCAGCCCUGGCUGACUCUCGGGCCAAAACUGAGCUCAGGUCCGCGAGGGCGGCCCCGGUGGCUGUCCCGGACUCGGUGUCCUCCACGCCCCUGACGUCUUCCCCCUCCAUGAGGAGCGAGGCGCUGCCCAGCGAGGCCGGCCCAAACAGAGCCGCUUCUAAACGCAGUGGAUCCUGCAGUGCUGACUGCAGAGCCACCGCCAUGCAGCCCAGACAGCCUGCAGGCAGACCGAACCGACCCGACCCAGGAUCUCUGACGCUGGACUGCACCCCUGGGCUGGUGAGUGCGGACUCUUUGAUCUCCCCUCAGCCUCCCGGGAAGAAUGCUGCCCGCAUGCUGGCCCUCGCCCUGGCGGAGUCUGCCCAGCAGGUGGCGCUCCACACCCAGAGAGGGGGGCCAUCCCAGCAGUCGCAGAGCCCCUCAUCCCCCACCCCAAAGCUCCUCAGCCCCUCAUCCCCCACCCCAAAGCUCCUCAGCCCCGUCAGCCCUCACGACUGGCCCCUCCACUCGCCCCCCCAGGCCAACACCCCCUCGGCCGACCCCAGCGAACACCCCCUCUCCUCCCGCUCUGCCGGGACCAGUACGAGAGUGGCGAGCAGGCCAAACCCGUCCGAGGAGUGGGCAUUCAGCGCGGCGAAGGCGUCCCACGUAUGCAGCAUCUGCGGGGGCGAGGAGAGAGAUCAGGGCCUCAGAGGUGCCCCCCGACUGUGCCACUGCAGCAGCUCAGGUACCCAGGUGGGCACCGCCACCCUGGCACAGGAGCCGCCUGAGGGCACGCGGGGUAACCCCAGCACAGAGGAGCAGGUUCGCAGCAGCCCCAGACCCCUCCACCCUCACCACCACCACCACCACCACCACCAGCCCAAACCUGUGCCCCCAACCCCCCCGCGCCGCACGGCCGAGAGCCGGCUCGCAACGGCCGCCCUCCAGAACCGGGAGGCGGUGAACGCAUCCAACUUCCGCACGAUCCUGGCCGAGGCAUCCGCGCCGGCAUCGGUGAAGGAGGUGUUCCCCCACCCUCCUCUGCUGUCACCUGGCACCUACCCCCUCAGCCCCGAGGGGGACCCCUACAGUCACACGGGUCACGGACGCCUCCGCAGGUGUGCCCCGCCGUUCCCCUCCCCCCAGCCCGAGAGCCUGCCCCCACACCUCGGGGCGCCAAAGGUGCGGCCAAGAUCCACCUAUGACAACCACUACGGCACUCUGGGCCCCAGGUCCCUGCACCAGUCCCUCAGGUACAAGGAGCACUACCGGGACGAGCACCCCUCCACCUCACACUUCCGCCGCUCGGGGCAGUGGUACGCCCCACUGGAAGGGGCUCUGGUGUACCCCACCAUCCGCAGGGUUCGCUCCCUGCACGCCCCGCCCGAGGACCGGCCCUUCUUCUUCCAGAACAAUCCAUACCCCAGGAAAGGCCACGCGGAGAUCCACCAGGUGCAGCCUUACUUUGAGAACGGCAAGGUGCAGUAUCGGUACAACCCUUACUCGGACUCUCCCUACGGGGAUCUGGAGACCCACAGGGCACGCCAGUACAGCCACAACCACAGCCACUCCUACACCGUACGGCGCGUGCCUGCACACCCUUUAAAGAUGGGGUGCGCGCCCCCCGGAUGCUACCCUAACCCGUUAAGCCACGUCAUCCCAGAGAAAGACUACAGCUUCCAGAGCCACGAGGGCUGCUACACGCCCAGGAUGGAAGACUCCUCGCUCUCGCACGUCUGGAAUCCUGAGGUACCCGACAGGCACUUCCAGCAGUCGACUCUCAAGAGGGACAGCAGGGCCAAGAGGAAACCGCCGCAGCAGUACGUGGGUCUGAGUCCUCCGCGUCCCAAGGCCGAGGUGGCCCGGCACGAGGGCCGAGGGCACGCGAGGCAUCGCUCCGACUCCGGGAGAGACCUGCUGAUCUCCACGGAGGAGCGGCACGCGAGGCAUCGCUCCGACUCCGGGAGAGACCUGCUGAUCUCCACGGAGGAGCCCGGCGGCCAUUUUAAAGUCACCAUGGUGUCCCAGAGUUCUCCGGAGCAGCUGUGCUCCCAGCCGGAGCAGCUCCGGAAAGCCGAGCUGGGAGCCAGAGAGGCUCUGCUGCUCAAACAGAACAGCACCUCCUACAGGAACUCCCAGCCGCUGCAGGAGAGCCGGCCUCUGCCUCCUCACCUCUCCCUGCAGAAGGAGUACAGCUGUCCCGACUUCAAGCUCAGCGACAGCGGGGGCGGAGGCCGCGCUCGCGAGCCGGAGCGGGUUCUCUACCGGACCCUGAGCAGCCGGUACCCCGAGGAGGACUUCCACUACCCCCGCGUGGGGCCCCGAGCGGCCGUACGGCCCGAGCGCUCACAGAGCAUCAAAGGCCACCUGCCCCCCGACCGAGCCAAGAUGGAGGACCGAGCCAAGAUGGAGCCCGACCCCUGGGGCGCCCACUAUCCCCAGCCCAAGGUGCGCAGCCACAGCUUCGUGGCGCCCCGCUACGACACCAUGGAGGGGUACGUCCCGGUCGCUCAGCCUCGCACCCCCAAACCGGGCCCCUUCCCCAACCACGGCUGCAUGCCCCCCAGCAGCCACAGACUCUACUCCACUGCCCUGGGGCGCGGGGGGUUCCUGCAGGGCCAGCCGCGGCCCGAGGCAGAGGUCUAUGUGGAGUGAUUUAAGGUUGUGUGGUGGGUGAGGGGGGGCAGAGCUCAUUGGGUGGGAUCUGAAAGGGGGGGGGGGGGGGGGGCACUCCACAGCCUCUGCGGGACAGUGGCCAGAACGCUAAGACUGUGUGGCGGAGCGAGAGAGACUUCUAGAGGUUCUGUUGAAAGAACACACUUGUUCAUGGUGAACAGAACACAGCAGACUGGACUGAGCUCGGCCUGACCUUGGCAAGAUCUGUCCUAGUCAGCUUAACAUGGGGAGUACUGGACUGUAUCCUUCAGUGUAUGCUUAUAUGAUUAAGACAGAGUGCUUUAGAAAUGUAUUGAAGAUAUAAAAGAUGUUUUUAAUUUUGUUGGUAUUUUAUUCCAUGUUCAUUGUAGAGGAUUUUUGUCAUUUGUCAUCGUUGUUUUUUUUUUCACCACUAAUCCAGGCUGUGUGAUUGUAUACCAUGAAAAUGCCAAAAUGUUAAGAAAUUAUUUAACCAAAUAGUUUUGUAUGUCAUCACCAUGGCUAAAACAGGGUUGAAAGGGAAAAUGCAGUCCACUGAGAUAUUUAAAGGUGUGUUGAUGCUGACUGGACCAGUGGAGUCCACUGAGAUAUUUAAAGGUGUGUUGAUGCUGACUGGACCAGUUCAGUCUACUGAGAUAUUUAAAGGUGUGUUGAUGCUGACUGGACCAGUUCAGUCCACUGAGAUACCGUACCAGUCAAAACUUUGGACACACCUUUAAAGUGUUUUCUUUACUUUUAUUAUUUUCUACAUUGUAGAUUAAUACUGAAAACAUUUAAACUAUGAAAGAACACAUAUGGAAUGAUGUACUAAACAAAAAAAGUGUUACCUACCAUGUAGAAAAUAAUAAAAGUAAAGAAAAAAACUUCUCCAAAAAUGAGAAGGUGUGUCCAAACUUUGGACUGGUACUGAGAUGUUUAAAGGUGUGUUGAUGCUGACUGGACCAACUUGUUGAGACACAAAAGAACAACUAAAGCCUGAACACAUUUUGCCCAGAUAUUGUUAACUAGUACAUAGCUACACUGUUGCCUUUGUCACUUCUGGUGGUGGUGGGUUAGGGAGCAUCCAGUUGGGUUUCUGCUUCACUGUAAUGGGCACUGUGUCUUUUAAGGCUGAGAGUUGGUGUGACGACACACACACACACACACACACACACGGAUUCCACAGAGACCAGAUCAAACACAGCAUAUGCUUCGUUCUAGUGUUCCGUAACCAUGAAGAAACUCAAUUAGUUUUUUUUACGGCGUAUGGACCCCAAUGUUACGCUUCAAUUAAACAUAACAUGAUCAUCCUGUAACAGAACAUAUGGUUUUAGAUGGUUUUGUUUCAUGUUAAAUGUAUGUACAGCUGUCUUGCUGUUCCAAUGUUGUUUUUUUCAUUAAAGAUUAUGUUUCAGAUA